AUGAAAAAGAUUUAUUCAUUGACAACCAAUAUGCUAUAUGUACAAAAUAGCUCUAAAAAAUUGAAAGAAUGUAUAUAAUUUAAACAGGAAAAUACUUUUUAAUGUAAAUAAGAUUGUUUUAUGUAAUAAUUUUUGAAUGUCACAGAAACCUCUUUCUGUCAUGUUUGGUUCAAAUGGUCUCUUUAUACUUUAUAUCAUAAUAGUACAUAUUUAGUAAAUUCAGUAUUCAGUAAGUUUCAGGAAAUGCAUAUUUGAUAUUGUAAUUCUAUUAUAAAGAAAACUAGUAUACCUCUUGAUAUGUUUUACAGGCAUCUCUACUAGAUUUGCAGGAGCGAAUGAAUACUACAUCAGAUUCUAGUCAGGUUCUAGAUGACUUAUUAGCCCUAGUUAACGAGACAAAGACUCAGCUGAUGGCCGAGAUGGACCGCAGGUUCCAACAGUUACAAAAACAAGGACUCACAAAAGACGACAUUACUAGACUUCUUGACAACAAGAUCCAGAUGAUCACGGCAGAAUUCAACACCAAACUGAAAGACAUCAGCAAGAGCAUCAGCAGUGUCAAGAAGCAACUUAGCUCCUUUGAAGGACAGGCAACAGAUCUAGAGAUUCUACCCGUAGGGGAUAGUAUGGUAGGCCAGGAAGAUCAUAGCUUAGAUGUUUAGUUUUUUGUUUUUUUUAGGAGAACAGAUGUGGAAGAGAUGAGUUUAGUUUGGGGAUAAUGUUCACCCUGACAUAUCUAGACAUAGAGGUGUUAAAACCUAGUGUAGUCAGGGCUUACAUAAUAGCAGAAGUUAGCGCGGACAGCUUAAAUUUGUCUGGGAAUACAUGACUUUAACAAGUGGCUUCUUAGAAAGUUGGGGUUAUUAGCCCAUGGUUCAACUAGAAACUGAAUAGCCGGAAUACUAUUAGAAUAGACAGAGAGUUAUUCUGGGUUGCCACAAAAAUGACUGGAUGAUCUUUUCUCUAUGGAUAAGUUAAAAUUAUAAUUGUUUGUAAUAAUAAUAAUAUUUGAAAAAAAUAUAUGG